AUGCGUCUCCUUAAGUGGACGCCUAACUUUGAUGUUUGGGAAGAAUCUCCCAUUGCUCCAGUUUGGAUUUCUUUUAUGAAUCUGAGACUGCAUUUCUGUAACUCGCAAGUUUUAUUCAGACUUGCUUCUAUCUUUGAUAGACCUUUUCAAACUGAUGAGGCCACUGCUUCUAUAACUCAACCAUCCAUAGCUAGAGUCCUUGUGGAACUUGAUGUUUCAAAGAAGCACCCGGGUGAGGUUUGGUUGGGUUUUGAACUUAACGGGUAUUUUCAAAAAGUGGAGUUUGAGAAUUUAUUAAUUUUUCGUUCGCACUGUAAAAUGCAUGGACUUGGUUUUAAAGAUUGUUUUAGAUUACAUCCCCACCUUCGUAAAGAAAAAUAUGUUCCUAAACAAUCUCAAGCUAAGGAUGAUAAUGAAAUUUUGCAGUCUGUGGAAGGACUGAAUGCUAGGUCUGAUUAUGAGCCAAUCAAUGCGGUUGCUGUUCCUGGAAAUGUUCAGUCUAACCUUUCCCCUCCUUUGGUUACGAUCAUUCUGGAGAAUAUUCCUACUGAUCACCCUGAACUUACUACUUUAUUGCCUCAGUCAAAUAAUGAUGUUGAUUUAGUGGUUAAUUAUGAUUUAAAUGAUUCUUCUUCUAAAAAUAAUAUUAUUCCUACUUUACCUAUUAUAAAUUUUGAUUUGAAUUCUAAUAAAUCUAUCAUUGUUGAUGAACUUGGCUGCUUUGUUCUCAAGCAUGAUGAUGCUGUGGUUAUUGGCCUAACUAAUAGUAACAGUAAUGUGGGUCAUACUGAGCACGUUUUGGUGGAAACAAAAAUUGUUGAUCUUGGCUUAGUGUUGAAUAUGGUGAUUGACUGUGAUGAAGCGUUGGAGGAAGAUGAGCUUCCUCAUUUGGGUAAGAGAAAGGAUACUGACUGUAAGUCCCCUUCUUCUUCUCACUUUGAUUCUGAUGCUUUUACUGAUAAUGAGGAAUUAUAA